AUGACGCCCUCUCCUGGGUCGCAGCCCACCGACUCCCGAGGUCCUUACUCGAGUCAAACGGUUUCUGUUAGUUGGGGCGAAGGAGACACCACACCAGGCUCUCGCACAUUUCAGUUUGGUGUAUCGGAAUGCAUCGAGACCAAAACCGUGACAACCACGACAACAACGAAACGCACCUUUCCACCCCUCUUUGUCCGGGAACCCAGGCCUUUAGAGUCCUUAGAUGUCAAAGAAUACCCGCUAGCAUCGAAGUCCACACCGCCGCAGCUUGCCCAGUUUACUUUCGAUGUGCCCGGAUUCGACCUUUUCGCAGAGGAAGAUGCCCCAUCCAAGCAGCCGUCUCACAACAAGACUCGACCCGCUAGCAGUCAUGCCGCUUCCGAUCGACCUCGCCGGUCAACGACUUUGGUAAAUCGACGUGAGAGCGAGCGUCUCGCGAGGCAGGUUGCUGGCGUUCUCGCCACCCCCGAUGCUGCCGAGUUUGCUCCUCUUGAAGAGAGGCCGACGCGGAUCCGCAAAGUUUCCACUACUCCCGAGCCCAUCGUUAGCCAGGUGCCUACCCUGUACGAUGCUGCUAGUCCUAUUGCUAGCGAUACCCAGACGAUUUUUAGCGGCAAUGUAGCAACACCGCCGAUUACAGAUGCCGAUGUCGAGCCGUUUAUGGACGCCGACGAGACCUUGCAACAAUCUGUCCGGUCUCUCCACCAGAGCCGUCACCCUCUAGAGUCCGCAGCAGCCCAAGAUGCAGAUGCCAGUCUUCCUAGUCCCAGACUGUCCCCUAAGUUGACGGCCGCUCAGCCCGAGUCCGAUUCUCUCGUCGAUGAAGAGGACGGCUUGCCCAUCACAUCCCAGGCUCUCACCCAGCACCAAUUAUCCUGGAACGAAGCGUCCCAGAGCACAAGCACCGAUGAUUCAGAGAUGCUGUCCCCUCGUCCUCUCGUUACCAAAUCCCGUGGCUAUCUGGCUAGGGAAUCUGCCACCCCUCCUCAACUAAUCGAUCCCAGAACAAUGCUCGAAUCCUUUGACGCCAUGCCUUCAGAUAUGAAGACUUUGAUGCUGUACCAGUUCCUCCGCCGGUGCCCGAGAAAGACGCUCCGGAUUGUUGCCGAUGUUGUCAACCCAUCAUUACAAUGCGACUUUUUGAAGCAGCUCCCUCUCGAACUCAGUUAUCACGUCCUCUCUUAUCUGGAUUACCGGGAUCUGUGCCGCGCCGCUCGAGUCUCGAAACACUGGCGAAAUAUUAUCGAUAGCAACGAAACCGGAUGGAAAGAACUCUUCGACCGCGACGGAUUCAAGCUUCCCCCUGGCGAGCUGGAGAAGGCGAUCCGACAGGGUUGGGGUUGGCAAGACCCCUACGGCCCCGCGGGGUGCGAGGUCGACUUGAGUGCACAGCGACGACUGAACUCCACAGAAGCUGAACUCACGCAAGUUGUCUGCAAAACCGAACCGACCUCGGCAAGACUUCGAAGUUCGAAGCGCAAGCGGGGCCUCAAUGCGAUGUCGGGGGUGGACCGAUCGAAGAGGCGAGCGAGCGCGAGUGCCGCCCUCAAGGAUACCAGUGGUCAACUCGAGGUCAAGCAACACAAGUCCGAGGGGCCCCUGUCGGCAGCCAAUGCGGCAGCGUUGGCCGUUCCCGACCCUCAACUGGGUCUUCCCAGCCUUCGCAGACUCCAUCUCUUCAAGUCACUCUACCGACGACAUUACAUGAUUCGGGAAAGCUGGACCAACGGCAAGGUCCAGCCUUCGCAUGUCGCCUUCACCGCCCAUCCCCGUCACGUAAUUACUUGCUUACAGUUUGACGACGACAAGAUCAUCACGGGUAGCGACGAUACGCUCAUUCAUGUUUACGACACCAAGACCGGAAAAUUGAGGAAGCGGCUAGAGGGUCACGAGGGUGGCGUUUGGGCUCUCCAGUAUGAAGGUAACGUUCUCGUAUCCGGGUCGACGGAUAGAUCGGUCAGGGUAUGGGAUAUCGAGAAAGGCCUUUGCACCCAGGUCUUUUACGGUCACACUAGUACUGUACGCUGCCUGCAGAUCCUCAUGCCUUCGCCCGUCUCCAAGGACCGCAAGAAGCAGCCGGAAAUGAUGCCGGCUAAGCCCCUUAUCAUCACCGGAUCGCGUGAUAACCAACUUCGGGUAUGGCGUCUUCCCGAGGCCGGUUCUCGCAGGUACAUACAGACCGGACCCCCGGCCAACGAUAGCGACUGUCCUUACUUUAUCCGCACCCUUGCCGGCCAUACUCAUUCGGUUCGUGCUAUCGCUGCACACGGUGAUACCCUUGUCAGUGGCAGCUACGAUCACUCCGUCCGGGUCUGGCGUGUUAGCACUGGCGAGGCACUGCACGUCCUUCAUGGACACACUCAGAAGGUUUACAGCGUCGUGUUGGAUCAAGAACGCAACCGAUGCAUCUCGGGCGCCAUGGAUUCGCUCGUGAAGAUUUGGGAUCUCGCUACUGGUGCGUGCCUAUAUACUCUUGAGGGCCACAACCUGCUUGUGGGCAUUUUGGAUCUCCGUGACGAGCGCCUCGUUUCAGCCGCAGCGGACAGCACGCUCCGCAUCUGGGAUCCCGAGAACGGACGCUGCAGAAACGUGCUAUCUGCCCACACUGGCGCUAUUACGUGUUUCCAGCAUGAUGGGCGCAAAGUGAUUUCGGGCAGCGAGAGGACCGUUAAGAUGUGGGAUAUUGCCAGCGGUAACUGCCUGCAAGAUCUUUUGACGGACCUGGGUAGCGUGUGGCAGCUUAAGUUCGACUAUCGACGGUGCGUGGCGGCUGUGCAGCGUCAAUCAAUCACGUAUAUUGAGAUUCUUGACUUCGGAGCCGUCCGCGAUGGCAAGCCUCCCGAGGAGCUAGGCAGGCGGAUCCUGCUCGACGAACCCGAGGUCCAACGUCUCAUGGAGGAAGACGUAUAG